CCGAACCGCAUGCACCCUACUAGUCCUCUCGCUUCCAAACUAAUCAAACCUUCAAUUCUGGUUCAAAAUUCAAUUUUCCAAUCCAAAACACAAAAGCAUAAUGAUAAAUUGAUAAUACUCAAUUCUUGAAUAUUAAACUGAAAAAAGACCUCCAUUUAAGGUUCUGAACCCAGCAACCAUGGAAGCAAGAGGGCUUCAACUAACCCACCCAUUUUCCUCACCCCAUCAAAUUAAACGCUUUGCUACUCCACCCACUUUCAUUAAUCUCUCUCCUCUUUUUAACCAACAAUUUUCUGCUUUUGGAAUUUUGAGGUGGACUAAGUGCAAAGAGGACCAAGAUUUGCAAGAAUUACCCACAGGUUUAUCUCCAGAAUUUUAUGAUGAUGAUUGGCAGGCAGAACAGCGUGAAAAGACCAGAGAACUCAAUCGGAAACGCCUAGAAGAGGACCUAGAGGAGGAAAAGAAGGUCCAAGAGUACCGUGAAAUUGGUGCACGUCUGAAAGAUUUUCCAGAUGAAGAUGUUAGGAAAGCAAGAAAAUUGGUAUCGAGCUUCAUUAGGGCUGAAGAAGAAGUAGAACAGAAAAUUGAAGAAGCUGCAGAGAGAGGGGAGCUUGACGAACUUGUUCUAAUGGUCAUCUGGAAUCGACUUGAUCUUGCUAGAAGAGAUGAUGAGAAAGAUGCAAUCAGAAGUUUGGAUCUCCUGUACAGAAGGGUUGAGACUGAGAUAUUGAAACGAGAGGCUUCGGCUGGCAUGAGACUGCUCAACGACCUUUUGAAUAUGCAUGAUGGGUUUGAUGAUGAAGGCUGGCUAAAGGAAUGCAAGAAGCUUAUGAUUGAGACAUUCCCGCGGGAGGAUCCUUUCAGCAUCAUUGUUCCUGCAGGAUUCGACUUAGAUAAGCAUCAAGGUCCAUUACAUCCUCCAUUGGAGACCGACGAGGUUCUUCUGAGGGUUGAUUUCGUGAGAGAAGUUGAUGCAUUACUGCAAGAGGUGAGAGCUGAACAGCAGGAAGUACAGACAACGCAAGGCCUUGACCCAGACUCUGUUGCAGCUCGGUUAAAAUACCAAGAGAAACAGCAAGCUAUUCGCCAAGUUGAAUUGCUUCUGGAUCUUGCCAUCAACUUGCAAUGGUAAUGGCCUCUCUGAAGGGCAGAAAGCGUAUUGCAGUUACAUGGCAUGGCUCGAAACAACAAAAAAUGUUGCGUGCCAUACUCUUGGUAUAAAGUGUAGUACUGUGCUUGACAGUUUCCACAAUAUGUUGCGCGCCAUACACUUGGUAGAACUGGCUGAAGUCCGUAUGGGGAAGAAAGAAAAAUCAUUCUUACACGACUAUAGUGAGAUGUAGCUACAACUAUGCAACUGAUUCUUCUGUCUGCUAAGUUAUGCAUGAAUUUGUAAAUCAGACGAUAUCUAGCUAGAAUAUUUUGAGAAAAAAUUUGCCCCACGUAAUAUUGCAAUGAAAUUUUUUCCCAGUGUAAGCUACUUUGAAAAGUUUUUUAGAAAAAUGUAUACCAUCCACAUAGGCUCCAGUAGUUCAGGUGGGAUAGACUAAGAAAUAAAAACCAGUCAAUGUAAUUUGGGAGUAGCAAUUAAUUGUAUACUGCAUAUUACUUAGUAUAAUUCAUCCGUUCUUAUUUA